CUUACGACGCUAGUCAAACUUUCUAUAACCUCAUACGAAACAGAGAUCCAACAUGUCGUUCAUAAAUAUCUGUCGUGAUAACACCGAUCCAUUCUACCGUUACAAGAUGCCUCCCAUCCAGUCCAAGACUGAAGGUAGAGGUAACGGUAUUAAGACAGCCAUUGUCAACUUAGCUGAAGUGGCCAGAGCUUUAGGCAGACCUCCCGCUUAUGUAGUAAAGUACUUUGGUUCUGAAUUGGGAGCCCAGUCCAAUAUUGACGAAGCCAACGACCGUUAUUUGGUCAAUGGUGUCCAUGACUCGAACGAGUUACAAGACACUUUGGAUGGAUUCAUCAACAAGUUUGUUCUCUGUGGCUCAUGCAAGAACCCCGAAACUGAGAUUGUCAUCAAGGGCAGGGAUGAUGUCGAGAGAGACUGUAAAGCAUGUGGUAAAAUUACUCCUGUGGACCCUAAGCUCAAGUUGUAUACUUAUAUUGUCAAGAAUCCUCCUACUGGUUCCAAGAAGGGUAAGAAGUCUGCCACAGCUACUGCAAAUGUUGUGGGAGGUGGUAAGUCUAUCUCCGACAUCGCUUCCGGUCAAACCAAAAAGGAAGACGAUGGCGAAGUUGCUGAAGAUGAUGCUGAUGACGACAUCUUGGCAAAGAAGAUCAACGCUGAAGCUGCUCAAUUGCAGACUGUAGAAGUAAACGAUGAAGACUGGUCCGUAGACAUGUCUCAAGAGGCUAUUGCUGCAAGAGCUCGUGAAUUGGAAGGUUUGACCUUAAGCGAGGCUGUUUCCAAGUUCAACGAAUUGGGUGAAUGGAUUCUUGCUGAGGCUGGAGAUGAAGACGACAAGGAAAACUUGCCUUCGGACGUAGAAAUCUACAAGAAAAUUGUCGAGAUGGAUAUCGCCGAUAAGACAGAAACUGUCCAGGUGUUGGCCCAAGUCCUUUUCGAUGAGAACAUUGUGGAACAAGUGGAGCCUCAUACUGGUUUGUUGGCUAAAUUGGUCAACGGUGAAGAAGACUUCGAAAUCGCGUUGUUGGGAGGCUUGGAAAGAUUCAUUGGUGUUCAAAAGCCGGAAUUGAUUUCAAAGGUUCCAGCUAUCUUACUCGCUUUUUACAACCAAGAAUUGCUUGGUGAGGAAGUAUUAAUCUCCUGGGGUAGUAAAGUGUCGAAGAAGUAUGUGCCCAAAGAUGUUUCCAAGAAAGUACGUAAGGCCGCUAAGCCAUUCGUCAAAUGGUUGCAAGAGGCUGAAGAAGAGUCUGAUGAAGAGUAGUUCAGUAGCAUUUAUUAUAGUAUAAACGUUGAUGUAUAU